AUGAAGAAUAGAUCCAGCCAGCCUGCCAUGAUGAGAAUCGCCAUUGCCGGUGCUGGCGGCUUUGCCCAGAUCCUGGCCCAGCAGCCGCACCCCGAGCUCGAGGAAUGCUGUCCCGGAUGCCAGGUGGCCAUCGUCGACUACGACGAUGUCGAGAACCUGCGGUAUACGCUCCAGGGUGUGGACCUGGUCAUCUCCACCAUCGCCGGCAACGAGCAGCUCAACCUUAUCGACGCUGCACGGCGGGCUCGCGUAAGGGUCUUCGUCCCGUCCGAGUUCGAGGGCGAUCUCAGUCACAGGCCGGCGAACGACCCCCUCGACCGCGGCUCGCAGUCGGCCCUUCAGCUCCUGGAGGGCUGGUCGCAGUCCAAGUCGCAUAGACUACGCUACACCGUCUUCUCUUGCGGCAUAUUUAUGGAACGCUUUGGCCCAGGUGGUUUACAAACCUACGGAAUCGGCGCCGGGAGCGGCAUACAGGGCCCGGACGACUACCUGGUCAACCUCCAGGACGCGAGAGCGGAGAUUAUCCCGGGGAAUUCGAGUGGCAGGCCCGUCCGAAUCUCCAUGACCUCGGUGUAUGACGUCGCACAGUUUGUUACGGCCGCCCUCGACCUGGGUCUCGACAACUGGCCCAAGGAGUUUAGGAUGAGAGGAGAUUCCGUGACAGUUCAGGAGUUGGUGGAAACAUGUUCCAACGCCCUUGGAGUUCCCAUCAGUCUUGUCACCCGUCACUACCAGGAAGUGGAAGCCCAAGCCGAAGCAUGCCAGCAGAGCGGCGACUGGGCGCAGUGGUACUAUUUCCAGAGGCUCCUUCAGACAGCCAACGGUCGGUAUCACGUCCGUCAGACCAACCUCAACGAAGCUACCCAGGUGCAACCUCUAACCUUUAGGGGGUGGCUGGAUAACGUUUGGGCGGCCAGUAUCUAA